GCACUGGCCGGCAGUAAAAUGGCGUGGUCGUUUCGCCGGAAGAGUGAGUGCGGGCCAAAAACGUGUGUGUACGACGUCACUAGCGCAUCAGGCUUGACAUGUAAAUGAUAAAUGAGCGUAUAGUCGAUUAAGGACAGCCUCGCGCCUGUUUGUCUUUGCCGUAUCGACGCUCCACCGAGUGUCCGAUGAUAUUCCGGUGAUACGUUUCUGACAGCGUGUCCGCAAUGGCCGAUGAGUCCGCUCCGCUGCCGAAGAGGCGCCAAUUGCGGGAAAGAACUAGAAAAUUGUACACCGAUGACUGGACCUUAGGCGACGAGGAAAUCGAAGGUCGCAGAACUUUCCAGCUCGACGAGAAGAUCGAAUGCGAGAGGUAUGACCUGAACAAUUUCAGUGGCCUCUUUCGUGAGAUGACUGGACCGGAGCUAAAUCUCAUGUAUCUGCAAAAAUACGGUCUGCAGAUACCGCUGCUGUUUAAGGAGAAGUCAGGGCUGGGAUUGCGAGUGCCCAGUUCCAAUUUCUCCAUCAACGAUGUGAGAACUUGCGUCGGUUCUAAGAGAAUACUGGAUGUUAUGGAUGUUAAUACUCAAAAGAACGAAGAUAUGACAAUGAAAGAAUGGCAAAAGUAUUACGAGGAUUCUAACAAGGAGCGUCUGUUGAAUGUGAUUUCCUUAGAGUUUAGUCACACCAAGUUAGAGAAUUAUGUACAGUCACCUGCAUUAGUGCGACAAGUCGAUUGGGUAGAUGUAGUGUGGCCAAGGCAUUUGAAAGAUGCUCAAGUGGAAUCUACAAAUCUUUUAGAAGACAUGAUGUAUCCAAAAGUGCAAAAGUACUGUUUAAUGUCGGUGAAAGGUUGUUACACUGAUUUUCACGUUGAUUUUGGUGGUACAAGUGUGUGGUAUCACAUUUUGCGUGGUGGCAAAAUAUUCUGGCUGAUUCCACCAACUGAGAAAAACUUGGCUCUUUAUCAAGAGUGGGUGUUGAGUGGUAAACAGUCGGAUGUUUUUUUCGGUGAUAUGGUAGACAGAUGUGGCAGGAUAAGUCUAACAGCUGGUAUGACGCUAUUCAUACCAACUGGUUGGAUACACGCUGUAUACACUCCUCAGGAUUCUUUGGUUUUCGGUGGAAACUUUCUCCACAGUUUCGGCAUAGAGAAGCAAUUGAAAGUGGCGCAAGUGGAAGAGCACACAAAAGUGCCACAAAAAUUUCGGUAUCCAUUCUUCACAGAAAUGUUAUGGUAUGUUCUUGAAAGAUACGUGCAUGUGCUUUUGGGUAGGACUCAUUUGGAAAUAUCCGAAUCGCAACGGCAGCAUUCAGUUCCACAACAACACCAGCAUAUACAUAUAACACCGUUUGAGUUGCAUGGUUUAAAAGCGAUAGUUAUGUAUUUGCAUUCACUGCCAUCGACGAAGAAAAAUGUCCCAGAAUUGAUACGUGAUCCGGUUGCUCUUAUUCAUGACGUUCGAUGUUUGGUAGAACAACAUAGGAACGACAGUCCAGAAGUGGCUGUGACGGGCAACCCUGUGUUGCCGCCACCGCCACCCUUGACUAUCGCAGACAGGGAACGUAUGAGAGUAACCAGAAAAGGUUUUGUAAAGAUGCAAAGGCAUCACUCAGAGAAAUCCGAAAGAGCGUUUCCGCGCAGGAGACGUACUAGAUGCAAGAAAUGCGAAGCAUGCACUAGACAGGAUUGUCGUGAAUGCGUUUAUUGCCAAGAUAUGGUGAAAUUCGGAGGUAGUGGCCGUGCCAAACAAACGUGUUUAAUGCGCCAGUGCCUAAGGCCUAUGUUGCCCGUUACAUCAGCUUGUAAAGUCUGUCAAUUGGAUGGCUGGAAACAACCACCGGCGCCAUUAAUGGGUAAACCUGUUCCCACGGCACCGUCUAGUUUAAUGGAGUGUUCAGUGUGUUUCGACAUUGUGCAUCCAGAAUGUAUAGGUUUGGAUUCGGAGGAAAUAACAGUGAAUGACGAUUUGCCAAAUAGUUGGGAAUGUCCCCAGUGUUGCGAGCGAGGUCGAAACUUAGAUUAUCGGCCGCGUCAACCAAAGGCUCGCGCACGAAAAUUAUCAGUGUCCAGUGCAGCUUCUUCAGCCCCUUCCACAGAUUCUGAACGGGCUAUGACACCGAGUAAACGAUCAAGGCCUGAUCCCACCGAGGCAUGGAACGAUUCGCCUGGGGAGCCAGCCGAAGGUGAGCAGAAAAUGACUCAGCAGCGCAUUCAACUGGCUAUGCAGUUGAUCGCUUCGAGUAGUAGAUCUCUAGUGAAGGCGCACGUGGUGGUCAGACCAGCGCCGGUGCCACCGCUACCUAUUCAAGAAACAGAUAGCGAAUCAAAGCAGCAGAAUUCAGUGUUCAACAAAACGGCAAUGCUUGCGGUAUUUCGAUACCUCGACAUAAAGGAUCUACUUAAUUGUGCCUUGGUUUGCCGUACCUGGGCGAGAUAUAGUAUAGAUCCCGGUCUAUGGAAGAAGAUCAAUAUGUCACAUUAUAACCUAAGGUCCGUACACUUGACCGCCAUCAUCCGACGACAACCUGAGAGUCUUUCGCUUGACUGGACCAAGAUCAAUAAGAUGCAGUUAGCAUGGCUGUUGAGUAGAUUACCGCAAUUAAGAACAUUAUCCCUUCAGGGCUGCACUUGGUCCGGUAUUCGCGCUCUGAAAAGCUGCAGCUGUCCGCCUUUAGAAACACUUAACUUGAGUUAUGUUACCUAUUUGAAUGAUGCUGUUCUGCAAGAGGUCUUAGAUUCACCGACAGAUUCAAGGCCUGGUCUCAUCGAUAAGACAUCGCGAUUAAAGCAUUUAAAAAAUCUGUCUUUGGCUGGAUGCGAUCUUACGGAUCGAGGAGUGAAACACAUAAUUCAGCAUCUCUCGGAUCUCGAAACCCUGGAUCUUUCUUCAAUCGGCAGACUUACUGAUUCUGGCGUAGCGCAAUUGACAUCAUUGCCAAAUUUGGCAUCAUUAAAUCUGGCAAACUGUAAAUUACUCACCGAAACGACUCUCGAUCACUUGGCGAGAUGUAAGGCACUUAAACGCUUGGACUUACGACACACCACUCAAGUAUCGACGCAAGCCAUCAUCAAGUUCGCCGCGAAGAGCGAGCACAAUUUACACGUGACGGACGUUAAGCUGGUGGAGGAGAAAAAGAUCAAAACCGAAUUCAUAGGCACGUGAAAGAACGCGGGGCUCAUGAGCGAGCUAUUAUUUAGUGCAAUCUGGUUAUCGUCGCGUAGAGAUAUCAUUCGCGAAGAAUUACAGUCAUAAUAGUACAUCAUGCUACGAUCAGUGAUUAUUUAUUUUGCACAAGAGAAUUUAUAGAUAUCAUCUCAUAUCAUGCAUAUAUAAUAGGAAAGAACACACAUUUUUCAUUUGGAUAAUACAGUUUUAUUUAGAUAAGAUUAAAUGCAAGAACAAUUCCUUUGUGACUUAGAUUUCUUCAUAGUAUUCUUUUCUUUCUAUUGCAAAUAUUUUCAAACUAUUAUAUUUGAUAUUAAUAAUUUAUUUUCGUUAUGUAUUUUUUACAUUGAUCUACUUAGUUAAGCAUAUCAUAACUCUUACAAAUUAUUUAAAAUAAUGUAAAAAGACAUUAUUUUUCUCUAAUCAUAUAUUCUUUCUACAUUCUGAAUAUCAUAUAAAGAAAUCAAUAAAUCUCAUUUUAUAAUUUUCUUUUCUUUUCUCGACUUUGUGUAGAAUUAAAUCACAAAGAUAAGAUUUAUUUAUCAAAACCUGAUAAAGUAUAUGAAAGUGGAUAGAAUAUAGAAAUUCUAUCGAAUUGUUGUUCAUCAGUAUUUUUUGCAUAAAAAGCAUUGGAAAACGAAAGUGCUCAAGAAUAAUUAUUUAUGAAUAAUUAUUUAUCUGAUAUGAGUUCUUCGAACAUCUCAUUCAAAAAAGCAUAAAAACAAGAAAACUAACUGCAAUCACAUAGAUAUAUUUAUUCGUAAACGUGCGCUGUAUAUACAUACACAGUGAACUGUAUUGUUUCGUAACGUUAGAUAGAUGAUCUCUACGUGUCGAAAACAUCUAUGUUCCGAAUUUUAAUUUUUGAUCUAAGCUGCAAUUCAUAAGCGACGUCAGAUGUUCUGCGCAAAUCGAUGUAUGUACAUACAUAUACCUGCUUUUUAUAUAAAAAUGCAUGUUUCAUCUGUCUCUUUUCCUCGCUCUGUCUUCAUUUAUCUUUCGCAAGUAUUUUACAUGUUCGAUUUUAUGUAAAGUCAACAAAAGCGAUAAAUGAACUAGAUGCCAAUUCAAAUAAUACCAUGCAUCCCAUAAAAUUGUUUAUUCUUAUUAUGUUAUAUGUUUGUAUUAUAAUAUUUCAAAAUGGUGAUGGUAAACGCCAUUCUCAAUUAUUUUGGUCAAGAAUAUAUUACCGCGAACGAAAAAGUCAUGUUUUUUUUUUUCUUAGACAAUUUAAUAAGUUUCAGUGAAACUUAAGAUGAAAUUGUCACACUGUAACACAUUGUAUAAUACAUGUAAUGCACGAUAGUAAUAGUCAUUUGAUUCUCAAAUAUAAUUUUGAUUUUUAAAAGAUGCUUAAUUUUAUUCUCAUCAUCCUUCAAUUAUUAUAUUUCCUAUUCCUCACUGUAUAUCUGUUUAAAAAAGUUGGAAGCGAGAGCUUACGAUUUUUUUGUCACGCACAGUAUUUUUUCACUAAUAGAAAAUGUUUAUUAGGAGAAGAAAGAUUAUUCAUUCCAUUUCUUGAAUUUUGCAUUUUCCUGCCAUAAUCAAGAAGCAGCAACGUCAUUCCGGAAUCGGUAACGAAACAUCAGGAGCGCGGAGCCGAUCGAAUCGACUAAUCGUACGAAAAAUGCCGGGAUGGCCGCUCUUAAGUUUCUCACUGCUACAUAUAUAUCAAUGAGUUAGAGAGAGAGAACGAAAAACGAAAGAGUAAGUAAGAGAGAAAUUCAGAUGGCAUUACCGAGCAAUUUAUUUAUUUCGUGCGUGCGCACUCCGUUUUGGCAAAACUAGCAUCAAAGGCGCCGAUAAAGAGUUGCGCUACUGCGGCUGCGCACCGUAAUUCAAUGCCAAUACUGAAAAUCUAUAAUGUACGUGACGUAAACUUUCGUAGAUUUUCAGUACUAACAAAUUAGGAAACGCAGCCUGUAUAUACUGUGAUAUUGUUAAUACUGGAUUACUGAAUAUUGAUAUGAUAUACGAUGAUGCGAAUUAGUUUUAAAUUAAUUCUCAUUAAGAAUAUAUAAUAUAAUACAGAGAUUAAAAAUGUUGAAUCAAGAUGUAUCGAGAACUGCUAUCAAUAGAAGUUUAAUCACACUCUUUACAAAAGAAUAUAUGUUUAUUUGAUUAGAAAAACAACAAUUUGAAUAAUAACUUCUACAAGAGCCUUCAUCCAAAGGAAUGAAGGAUUGAUGAUGAGUCUCUGUACGUGUAACCUAAGGAAUCAUUAUACGUACACAUGCUCCAGCCAUUUUGCAACCAUAAUAAAUUGGUCCUUUAAAUUUUUCAAAAUGUGAUGAACGGUAUGCUCCAUUGUGCAUAAACGAAAUCCAUCUCAGACCAUGUCCAUAGUUAGUAAAUAUAUGCGACAUCUAUUUAUUAUUUGCAUAAAGAGCACAUAUAAAAACAACAAAAAUUAAAGGUGGUUGCAAAACAUCCAGAAUAUAUGCAUCGAAUCCUUGGGAGAUUACAUCAAUUUGCUGUGUUUUUUUAGUAAUUGGGUCACGUCCUUCUAAUUUUGAAUGGAUUUUGAAAUCGCGAAAAGUCGCAAAACAGUACGGAUUUCCUUCAAAUACCGGUUCGCUGAACGGUAAUUCCGGCACACCAGAGGGCGGAUUUUCGAUUUUCCAACAACUAUAUGAUUCUUCCUCUCGAACGGUGGUUUUGUUUUGUAUAUGAGAUAGAACACUUGCCAAGAAUGGUUUCAGUAAAAGCAGCUUAUGCUUUGUACGAAAAGUAGAGAAACAUGGGUGGAAUCAAAAUGCAGAGCAAUCCAUUAUAAUAAUGCAUUGCCUCUUUAGUUCGAAAAACAAUUGGGAUAUACUAUCAAAAACAAUUGAUAAAAAAAUCAUGCGUAAGGUAGUUCACUCUCAUAAUUUAUAAAUUAACCCUAUUAAAAUCUUAGAUUAAAAUUUUUUGAUAUUUUUUAUUUAAAAAUAUAAUGUAUUUUUUUAUAUUAUUAGUUUUAUAUUAUUAGUAUUUGCAAAAGAUAUAUCUUUGUAUUACACUUAAAAAAAUUAUUGCAUAACAUGGUGAUUCCACAUAUGUCAAACAUGUCUUAUGAGAAUAUGGCUAUGAGAAGAUGUGAUACAGCUUUUGAAUAAUCUGGGGUUUGAAAAAGCUAUUUUACUUGGCCACAGUAUAGAUGCCUUGACUGCGAGAAAUUAACAAUUAUUGAUAUAUUUCCUAUAAGAAGUCCCAGUUCUAAUCUCUUGCUGAUAAAGAAAAUCUUUGAAGCAAUGAGUUUAGCAGAAGUCCUAAUUUGAAGCAUGUCAAAUAAUAGAUCAACAGCUUGAAAAAUCUAUUACAUCUUACAUAAUACAUCAGGCAAAUUUUUUCCACUCUUUUUUAUAUUUAAAAUGGGAAAGUCAUAUUUAUAGUACAUUUCUCUGCAAUUCUUAAUAGCCAACUUGGUAGAAGUGGGUUUGGGAAAGUACAAAUGGUGCCAGUAUUAGUGCAAACAUUCACAACUGACUCGCUAUAUUUCCCAAGAUAGAUUAAAGAUAUAUGCAAAACCAACAUUAUUCAUAGGCGAUGCUAAUAGUAAAUAUAUUCCUAUGGAAGAUUACGACGCGAUUAAAAAAUUAUUUCCCUUGACGGAAUUUCGUUACAUAGAGGGUGCAAAAAUCAUUGAGUUCACGUCAGACAAAUCUAUCGAUUUAUCGAUGCUUUAGAUAAUUUUAUAAAUCGGCCAGUCUGUUUAUGCUUUUAUAUGGAAAAAAUGUAUAUAGGGAAAUAAAUAUGUAGAAAAAAAGAAAAAACUUGUAAAUUGUUCUUUGUAAAUAUAUAUGUGUAUUACAGAUGACAACAUUGCAGAACAAUAUGAAAAAUAUUCAAAUAAUAUGUAGUGUAAAAGUGAAAGAAACUGCAGAUUAUGCAGUUAAUUGUGAUCAAAAGCGCCAUUAAGCAUCGAAAAGCUCUGUCCUCAUCAAUAUCUUUCAGUCAUCUUUUCGCUAUUGCAUUAUUAUUGUGAGAACUGCAUAGGCUUUAUUUAAAAAAAAUUAGAGAACGGAACUAAUGGACUCACAUUUCACUUCCAUUUAAAGGCCAAGUAUUAUAUUUUACAUGUACUUGAGUAAUGAUAUUGGUUAGUUAUUUUAUACAUAUAUAAUUAUACAUAUCACACAUAAGAAGAAAAACAAAAUAAAACAUCCUAUAAAACUUAUUAUUAUUUAUCGCUACAUAUGUAUCAUUGAGUUAGAGAGAGAACGAAAAACGAGAUAGUAAAUAAGAGAAGUUCAGAUGGCAUUACCGAGCAACUUAUUUCGCAUAUGCGCACUCGGUUUUGGCCAUCUCUACAUCAAAGGCGCCGACAGGGAGUGUGGCUGCGCCAUAGACAUAAUAUAUCUAGACCGUGUGUUGAGGAGUGGCUGUAAAGGUGCACAUGUAAAGGUAGAAAAGGACUUUAUGCCCCUUGCGUUCUUUCUCACUCGUACGUAACAUAGCUAAAGAAAGCGCCACGCUGCGUGGAGCGAGAGAGAACGCAAGAGGCACGAAACAGUGUAUCCUUUUCUAUAUAACCUUUACCCUUACUCCCUAAAUAAAGGCAAAUGUUCGGUCUAGAUAUAUUAUGUCUAUGGGCUGCGCACUGUGAUUCAUUGCCAGGACUGAAAAUCUAUAGUGUACGUGACGUAAACUGUAUAUUUUCAGUACUAACAGUGAAUUACGGAACGCAGCCUGUAUAUACUGUG